AUGGCCAGAGUUAGGCUCGACGCCUGGGACAAGAUGCCCCAGCUGCAGAAACUGGCCGGCGAAUACAUGGGCUUUGAAGACGUGGUGCAGAAAACAAUGACGAUUGCAGAGAAACUGAAAAAGGUUCGCGCAAACACACAAACACUACCGCGAACACGGCCAAGGGGGCGUGAUUACGUCUCCAAGCUCAGGAUUCUAACCCCGGGUCAUGGGCCGCCGCAAAAGGCCGAAGCCCUUAUUGAUAGCAGUGUCAAAUACAACUUCGUGUCCAAGACGUUGGUUGACAGGUUGAAAAUGCCUACCCAAAGGACAUUGCCCACGGCGCCCGAGAUGACAUUCUUCCAGGGCGACAAGGCACGACCCAGAGACGAGACAUGGAUCUAUUUCUCUCGAGACGGUCGCUCUGAUUAUUUCCGAGACCGUUUCUACGUGUUGAAUCAAGCCCCGGUCCCGUACGAACUCAUCAUCGGGUCGAAUUUUCACCAAGACCAUGGGCGGGUUCUGCUGGAGCCGCCGCCGCUGGCGCUGGCCGCAGCAAGGGCCGACGAGGCCGUCAUCAGGCGUCUCCUCAAGCAGGUUGUAGACGUAGAGGCCAGGGACGCCCAAGGCAGCACGCCACUUCACCAUGCCAUCGAUAGCGAUAGCCCGCACAUCGUACAGCUGCUGCUUGAAAACGGUGCCGAUGCCGCGGCCACGGACAAUUACGACAUCAUGCCGCUACACAAAGCAGCCGCGAGAGGAAACGAAGCCAUCGUCAAGCUCCUUCUCGAAAAGGACGUUGAUCUCGAGGCCAAGAAUCCGUAUGAGCGUACGGCGCUGCUGGACGCCUCGUAUAAAGGACACGAGGCUGUGGUCAAGCUACUUCUCGACAAGGGUGCUGACACCGAGGCCAGGGAUUUCGCGAGCGCCACCUCGCUGCAUUUUGCCGUUCAAGAAAGACGCGAGGCUGUCGUCAGGCUGCUUCUCGAAAAAGGUGCUGACACCGAGGCCAAGGAUUUUUUUCUCAAUACGCCGUUGAUUUAUGCCUCUUAUCGAGCAAAUGUAGCUAUAAUUAAGCUACUUCUAGAAAAGGGUGCUGAUUUCACAGUCAAGGAUCGGCAUGGCCAGGUGCCGUUGCGGACUGCCGUUGACUAUCGACGCGAGUCUGUCGCCAAGCUGCUGGUCCAGCAUGGAGCUUAUGUGGAUGAAUCGAAUUUAUCCGAGGCUGCCAAGGCAUUCCUCGACUCCAUCUUGGGGCCAGCUGUAGAUUGA